CAUCAUUUUUUUUCCAAACAAGACGGCGCUCGCAUCCGUUGAAACCAAAACAGCAUAAAUUCCUAAUUUAUUCCGACACAACACAAAACAAAAACAUCAAAAACUAUAUAAAAAACAAACACAAUUCCUAACAUAAAUUCAUAAAAUAAAAACCAAACAACACAAUCUUAAUAAUCUACAUUCAAUAACACAAUCAAUCAUCAUUCUCAAAAUGGCAUCACUUGGUUUUACUGCUCUCUCUACUAUUAACCCAAAAAAGCAAUCAUCUUUGCCGGAAUUUAAACUUUUCCGGUGCCGGAAACCAUUUUCCGUCAAAUGCUCCACCGGAGAAUCUGGGUCAUCUGAAUUUGAUGCAAAAGUGUUUAGACAUAAUUUGACAAGAAGUGAGAAUUAUAAUAGGAAAGGAUUUGGUCAUAAGAAAGAGACCCUUGAGCUUAUGAAUCAAGAAUAUGAAAGUGGCGUUCUCAUAAAAACGUUAAAGGAAAACAAUAAUGUAUACACGUGGGGAAAUGUUACCGUGAAGCUUGCAGAAGCUUAUGGCUUUUGCUGGGGUGUUGAGCGUGCGGUACAGAUUGCUUACGAAGCAAGGAAACAGUUUCCUGAUCAGAAGAUUUGGAUCACAAAUGAAAUUAUCCACAAUCCCACUGUCAACAAGAGGUUAGAGGAUAUGGAAGUCAAAGACAUUCCCAAAAAGAAUGGAGAGAAACAGUUUGAUGUUAUUGAUAAGGGUGAUGUUGUGGUUUUGCCUGCUUUUGGGGCUGCAGUCAAUGAGAUGUUGACUUUGAGUGACAAGCAAGUUCAGAUAGUCGAUACGACUUGUCCUUGGGUAUCUAAGGUGUGGAACUCUGUUGAAAAGCACAAAAAGGGUGACUAUACAUCUAUCAUUCAUGGCAAGUAUUCUCAUGAGGAGACUGUAGCAACGGCAUCUUUUGCAGGAAAGUAUGUCAUUGUGAAGAAUAUGGAUGAGGCAACAUAUGUGUGCGAUUACAUCCUUGGUGGUAAACUUAACGGAUCUAGUUCGACAAAAGAAGCUUUUCUAGAGAAAUUCAAGUUUGCAGUUUCCAAGGGCUUUGAUCCAGACACUGAUCUUGUCAAAGCUGGUGUAGCAAACCAAACUACUAUGUUGAAGGGAGAAACAGAGGAGAUCGGGAAAUUAGUAGAGAGGACCAUGAUGAGUAAAUAUGGAGUAGAGAAUACCACAGAACACUUUAUUAGUUUCAACACUAUCUGCGAUGCUACUCAAGAGCGACAAGAUGCUAUGUAUAAAUUGGUGGAUGAAAAGUUGGAUCUUAUAUUAGUAGUUGGUGGAUGGAACUCGAGCAAUACUUCGCACUUACAAGAGAUUCCAGAGGACCGAGGCAUUCCAUCUUAUUGGAUUGACAGUGAACAGAGGGUUGGUCCUGGAAAUCACAUAGCCUAUAAAUUGAUGCAUGGCGAGUUGGUUGAGAAAAAGGACUGGCUACCAAAGGGCCCUGUUACUAUUGGUGUCACAUCUGGUGCAUCUACUCCCGACAAGGUUGUCGAAGAUGUUCUUAUGAGGGUAUUUGAGAUAAAACGUGAAGAAAACCUGCAAACGGUGUAGGUUAGGGUUAUAUUUAACAAAUGAAUUCAAUGCUAUACAUGUUUUUUGUAUGUAAACUAUGUACCUCUACAUGUGUUAACUGCAUAAUGUUCAAUUGUGGUAUACCUUGAUGUUACAACUAUCUCAACAUAGUGAUUCUUUGAUUGAUAUUCA